AUGUCUUUUGUGAAGAACUUUUUGUUUGGCGGCGUGAAGACCAGCGAAGACCCUACUGGUCUGACAGGGGAAGUUGCUGAUAACCAAACGGCAAAGACCGAAGAACCAAUCGUGGAGGGAAAGUUCUUUCCAAGGACACUAUACAAAUACAACGGACAUGACGACGAGAAGAUUUUCAUUGCGAUAAAAGGCAAAGUGUUCGACUGCUCCCAAGGGAGGCAAUUUUAUGGGCCUAGUGGGCCAUACUCCAACUUUGCUGGCCACGACGCGUCCCGUGGUCUAGCAACUAACUCCUUUGAGCUAGACACGCUUAGACACUGGGACCAGCCCAUGGAUGAUUUGUCAGACCUCACUGGCCAGGACAUGGAGUCCUUGAAUGGUUGGCUAGAGCACUUCCAGAACAAGUACCCAUGCAUCGGAGAGCUAGUCCCAGAGCCGGGCGUGAACAUCUAA